AUGGCCUGGCAGCUUGUACCACCCCAGCGACGCACCCAAGAUUCCGCCCAAGUUUCCCAUCGUCUCGACGACGGCCGAGACUCGCGCGGCGGCCAAUGCCUCCACCACGACGAUGCCGGCCUUGACGAUGACGACUGCUCAUGGAUAACGCCCAAAGACAUGGCCCUCCUCAAGGCCCUCGCGGCCGCCGACGCCUCCCGCGGCACCCUGCAGCACCAUGGCCGCCCCAAGAUGCUGCCCAGGGGUACGAGGCCGCUCAAGCUCGUCGGCGAGGGCUCCGCCAAUGCCGUCUUCGAGCUCAAGCUGCCCCGACACAACGGCUCCGUGCCAGAAUUCCACGGAGUCCUCUUGAGAGUCGCCAAGGUGCCCUCGCUCAACGCUCACCCGACGUACGAUUAUCUCGCCCAGCAGAAAUUCUUCCAGUACUCCAUCAAGCCCCUCCUCGGCAAGCAUGUCGUUCACCAGGAGCUCGUCAUCCUGCGCGCCUCGGGCAUCAUCGACGAGCUGAACAAGUUCCUUCGCGACAUUAAUCACUCCCGCGCCCCCAAGUUCCGAGGAUCCUUCAUCGGCCAGGCCGAUUGGGGCUUCCUCGUCGAGGACAUGCGACCGCAAGAUGCAAACGAGAGCCUACUCGUCGAGUUCAAGCCCAAGUGGCUCUCGCAGUCCCCCAGCGCUCCCAAGGCGGCCGUCAGGUGCAGGCAAUGCGCCAUGGAGCUGCGGAACCUCGUCAAGAACCCCUCGAGCGGAAGGGCGAUGCCCGAGAACAAGCCCUGCCCGCUGUCUCUCGUCAACAAGAACGCCCCGAAGCAGACCAGCUCGCCCUUUAGAAUCGCACCCAACCUCUCAGGCGUCGACGGUGGGGAGCACUUUGGCGACGUGCUCGUCGACGUCGCAAACCACACGGCCAUUCACGAUUUGAAGCGUCAUCAGGACGAUCACGAUGCGUGCGGACCGCUCAAGGCAGAACCGUCGAACCCCUGCUUCAACAUUGCCAUGACCCUGCGCGACUGCACCUGCUUCGUUCAAAUACACCGUCGCGAGAGGUCCAUGAAGCUUCGCCUCGGCGACUUUGACUGGAAAAAUCCCAAGGUCAAGAUGGAUCACUGGCGCGGAGCCGAAGAGGAGCUGAUCGCCGGCGGCUUCUACACGGCCGACUGGAUCGUCUGUGACGGGCUCUACUACCGCAUGCCCACUCUUUGCACCCUCGAGUACUCGCGGACAUCGGCCAACAAUCCACCCGAAGUCCUGCACAUACGGGACGGCGAUGGAGCCGCAGAGCCGGUACGCCCGUUGCAAGCGGCGUCCAGGAUGAAAGUCUUCCACCACACCACCGACCUUGCCGCCUUGCAACCACUUCUCGAACCGUACAAGUUGGAGGCACCCAAGUUCUCGUGA